AUGAUUCUGCCUCUGUUUUAUUCAUUCACUGCAACAAGCUGCAUCUCUGAAGUGAUUCCACAGGUUGUCACAUUGUUGAAAUAUCUGGGAAAGGAAGAGACUGCAGAUAGAACACCAAAUUUUUUGAGAAUGAGAUUGUCACUACAAGUUGAGCUUGAAACACAGUUCAACUUUGAUGAGGAUGACAAAUAUCUGGUUGCCACUUUUCUUGACCUGCAUUUCAAAACCAGUUUCCUGGGAUUAGUCCAAAUGCAAAGAGCAAAACAAAAAAUUCUUUUAGAAGCUCUGAAAAUUAGUUGUGAUGAGUCUCCUAGUACUGAUGAUGAUUCUUCUCCACUUCAUAAGAAAAUAAAUAUCAAUGAAAAUGAUAAAACCAUUGAAAUACACAACAGUUUCUGGAACUGUUUUGAGGAAGGCACUACAAAAAAUAUGCAAAAUGAUGAGGAUGUGGAGAAGAAAAGUGUUAUUGCAAAUGAGAUUGAUUUUUAUAUGAAAACUGUUUGCCUAGAUUGGACGACGGACCUUUACAAGUGGUGGUCAGCAAACACAAAACAGUACCCAAGCCUGACAGAAUUCGCUAAGAUUUAUCUAUCGUCUCCCGGCAGUAGUAUAGUGUAUAGUGAGAGGCUAUUUUCAGAAGCAGGUUGA